UAAAUAAAUCCAACUUCACGUCUAUUUUUACAGAACCAACGACAAAACCCCUCCAAAGACACCGCUUCUUUCUCCGGCCCUCGCAUCCAUCGACCGAUCCCCUCCGCCGUCCGUACACUCUCAUCUCCGACACUGUUUUUCUGCGCCGUCCUCUUCCUCGAAACCAAACUCUGUCGUGCUACGAUUGAAUCGAUCUCCGAAACAUCGAUUCACCGAGAAAGGUUUCAUCGGGGGGUUUUCCCGGCUAGCAGAAUCGGCGUUUUGAGAGAGGAUGCUGGGGUUUUCCGAUGGAGGUGGAGGCGGUGCGGCAGAUGAUUUGGCUCAGCUUCAGUCCACUCUGAGGGCGAUUGAACUUGCUUGCUCUUUCAUUCAGGUAAAUACUGAUCCUGCUGCUGCAGUGGCAACCAUAUUAGCGUUUCAUCAGUCACCACAGCCGUAUAAGGCAUGCCGAUUUAUUCUUGAAAAUUCUCAGGUAGCAAACGCUAGGUUUCAAGCUGCUGCUGGUAUCCGAGAGGCAGCUAUCAGGGAAUGGAGUUUUCUUGCUGCUGAUGACAAAAGGAGUUUGAUAAGCUUCUGUCUUAGCUAUGUCAUGCAGCGUGCUAGCUCAUCAGAGGGAUAUGUGCUUUCAAAAGUAUCUUCUGUGGCUGCGCAGCUGUUAAAAAGAGGGUGGCUUGAGUUUGCUCUAGCGGAAAAGGAAGUCUUUUUCUAUGAGAUCAAACAGGCUAUACUCGGUUCUCGUGGCUUAGAUGUGCAGUUCAUCGGCAUAAAUUUUCUUGAAUCCUUGGUAUCUGAGUUUUCACCAUCUACUUCAAGUGCCAUGGGUCUCCCUAGGGAGUUUCAUGAGCAGUGUCGGAAGUCUCUAGAGCAAGACUAUUUGAAGACAUUCUAUCGGUGGGCACAAGAUGCUGCCUUUAGUCUCACAAACAAGAUUAUCGAAUCUGAUUCUGGUGUGCCCGAGGUUAGAGUUUGUAAUGCUGCGCUGCGGCUCAUGCAUCAAAUACUAAACUGGGAUUUCCGCUACGGCAAACGAGGCACAAAGAACAGCAUAAAUGUAUUCUCAGAUGGAUCUAGACUCGAUAAUACAUCAUCAAAAAGGACGGAGUGUGUAAUAGUUCAGCCUGGUGCUUCAUGGCGUGAUGUUUUGCUUUCAAGUUCACAUGUUGGGUGGCUGUUGAAUUUAUAUUCAUCGUUGAGGCAGAAGUUUGCUCUUGAAGGUUAUUGGCUGGAUUGUCCUCUUGCAGUCUCUGCUCGAAAAUUUAUCGUACAAUUGUGCUCCUUGGCAGGAGAGAUAUUUCCUUCCGAUAAUGCGCAGAUGCGAGAACAACACCUGCUCUUGUUGCUGUCAGGGAUAUUACCCUGGAUUGAUCCUCCGGAUGUCAUCUCAAAGGAGAUUGAAAACGGAAAAAGUGGAAGUGAGAUGAUUGAUGGCUGCCGUGCAUUGCUAUCUGUUGCUACAGUUACUGCUCCUGUUGCUUUUGACCAACUCUUGAGAUCUAUAAGGCCCUUUGGCACUCUUACGCUCUUAUCUAUGUUGAUGGGUGAAGUUGUUAAAGUCCUAAUGUCGAAUAACAAUGAUGAGGAGAACUGGAGCUACGAGGCACGUGAUAUCUUGUUAGAUACCUGGACAACCCUCCUUGCUUCGAUGGAUGGUUCUGGAGGUAAUGCAUGGCUCCCACCUGAGGGGAUGCACGCUGCAGCUAAUCUCUUUUCAUUGAUUGUGGAAUCUGAACUAAAAGUGGCAUCUGCCUCAGCUAAAUCUGAUGAAGAUGAUGCUUACUGUCAGGCUUCUGUAUCUGCCAUGGAUGAGAGACUAGGAUCUUAUGCUCUCAUUGCAAGGGCAGCAGUUGAUGCUACGAUUUUAUUGUUAGGACAACUUUUCGCUGAGCGUGUUGCACGACUCCACCAGGGUAGAGGCACUGUUGAUCCAACUGAAACCCUGGAAGAACUCUACUCUUUGCUGCUAAUAAUUGGCCAUGUACUUGCUGAUGAAGGGGAAGGAGAAACAGCCCUGGUUCCUGAUGCCUUACAAUCUCAUUUUGUGGAUGUUGUAGAGGCGGACAAGCACCCUGUGGUGGUACUCUCAAGCACAAUUCUAAAAUUCGCGGAGCAAUGUUUAGAAACUGAAAUGAGGACAUCGAUCUUUAGUCCUCGGCUAAUGGAGGCAGUCAUAUGGUUUCUUGCGAGAUGGUCUUACACAUACCUAAUGCUUGUUGAGGAUUGCAAUUUGGGUAACAACCAGCUACAGUCACCACCCUCCAGGAUAUGUUUAUUCAAUUUUUUCAAUGAACACAAUCAAGGGAAGUUUGUACUUGACAUUAUUGUUCGAAUCUCCUUGACAUCACUCAUGUCAUACCCUGGCGAGAAGGAUUUGCAGGAGCUAACAUGUUUUCAGCUACUGCAUGCACUUGUUCGACGAAGAAAUAUUUGUUUUCACCUUGUAUCAUUGGACUCUUGGCGUAGCCUAGCAAAUGCCUUUGCAAAUGACAAAACAUUGUUUUUGCUAAAUGGUGUUAAUCAGCGUUCACUUGCUCAAACUCUUGUUCUCUCUGCUUACGGGAUGCGAAGUUCAGAAGCGUCGAAUCAAUACGUAAGGGACCUCAUGGCUCAUAUGACAGUAUAUUUGGUAGAGUUGUCUAACAACAGUGAGCUGAAAAACCUUGCUCAACAACCCGAUGUUAUCAUGUUGGUGAGUUGUGUGUUAGAACGACUUCGUGGAGCAGCAGCUGCCACCGAACCUCGAACUCAAAGAGCUAUCUAUGAAAUGGGAUUGUCUGUGAUGAACCCUAUCCUUCGUCUUCUUGAGGCUUACAAAGACGAGUCUGUAGUGAUAUAUCUGCUGCUCAAAUUUGUUGUCGAUUGGGUCGACGGACAAUUAUCAUACCUUGAGGCUCACGAAACCACCGUGGUUAUCAAUUUCUGCAUGAAUCUUCUACAAAUUUAUUCGUCCCACAAUAUUGGAAAGAUUUCGCUGUCUCUCUCAAGUAGCUUGCUUAAUGAGGCAAAGAUCGAGAAAUACAAGGAUUUACGUGCUCUUCUUCAGCUUCUUUCCCAUCUAUGCUCAAAAGAUAUGGUCGACUUUUCAUCAGAUAGCAUUGAGACACAAAGCACAAAUAUAUCUCAGGUGGUGUACUUUGGACUUCACAUUAUCACGCCGCUCAUAUCUUUGGAGCUCCUCAAAUAUCCGAAGCUUUGUUUCGAUUAUUUCUCGCUAAUAUCGCAUAUGCUGGAGGUCUACCCUGAAACACUCGCCCAACUCAACAAUGAAGCAUUUGCCCAUGUACUCGGAACCCUAGACUUUGGUCUUCAUCAUCAGGACGUCGAUAUAGUCACCAUGUGUUUGAGAGCUCUUAAGGCUCUCUCUUCCUAUCACUACAAAGAGACAAAUGCCGGUAACACGGGCUUGGGUUCACAUGUGGCGGGACAUACAGAUCCGAGUGGCAACUUCCACGAAGGAAUUCUUGGCCGAUUCCUUCGCUCAUUGCUUCAGUUUCUUCUUUUCGAGGAUUACAGUCCCGACCUAGUCAGUACAGCAGCGGAUGCUCUGUUUCCACUUAUUCUCUGUGAACAGAACCUUUACCAGAGGUUGGGCAACGAGCUGAUAGAGAAACAGACGAUAGGGGAUUUCAAAACGAGGCUGGCAAAUGCGCUUCAGGCGCUGACAACGUCCAACCAGCUAUCAUCGUGGUUGGACCGUGUCAACUACCAACGAUUCAGGAAGAACCUCAACAACUUCCUCCUUGAAGUUCGCGGAUUCCUUAGAACAAGGUAAUAGAAGCAUAUAUAUAUAUGCACAAUGAAUGGAUAUCAUCAGAUGAACUCACGCUGUUUCAAAGAUGUGAUUCAUUUCUGGGGUGUUAUAUUUUUUCAUUCUGGGAAUGAACCUGUUGUAGAGUGAGUUCCAAAGGUAGGUUCCUUUUGGGAUUAAUGGUUUUGUGAGUUUUCAUCAUAUCGGUUUUGAUUUCA